CUUUUGUCAGUCUGAUACAUUUUGUUUGGGUGACAUCGGGUUUCGGUCAAAAUCCAAUGUUGCAGAUGGAGAGAGCGAUGAUCGCAACUACAGAAAUGAAGGUGCUGCUGCUGCUCUUGCCACCGACAUUGAGUUUCCUUACUGGAGCACAGAGUUACGUAAUAUGCUCUACUCCAGUUCCUUCAAAACAUGGCGGCUACAAUUAUACCUCACCGCCCAAUCAGCCCCCAUUCUCCAAUGGCACAGACCUAUACUAUUACUGCGAUCGUCACUACAUGUUCAUCGGGGUGAGAGUAACCCCUGUUACCUGUGGCGACAACGGUGAAUGGGGCCUGUAUGGAAUGGACACGCAUUGCUACGCCAUUAACUGCACAAAACCUCGUCUCAGUGAGGGAUCGGGAGUAACACUGGUCGGAACAAACUAUUCCCAGGGUGCCAUGAUCCGGUAUGAAUGCAAGACCGGCUGGAGUACUCUUGAGCCAACUGCAAUCUGCCUUGGACCGGAGUGGUCGAACAAGUACAACCCCUGGUGUAACGUUGAGAAAUGCCUUCCCUUGACGUACGGCCAGAACACCAGUGAUAUACCGUAUGGCAAGAUAACGGUGACACGACUGGGGGACUAUGACUCAUCAACGCCGAGUCCAAGCUGGCGCGUCCGCCAGUAUCAAGCACAAGUUCAGUACUCGUGCGAUCCAGGCACCGAACUCAUCGGCUCUGAAAACAGGACAUGCAAUGCUACAGGCAUGUGGAACACCAACAGACCAAUCUGCUUUGUGCAAAAUCAUAACUGCUAUGCGAACACAAAGUGUCCUGAUGGCAAAGUCUGCUGCGAGUGGGGUGGUGAAGGCGCCCUUGGCCUCAACUGCUGUAAACCAAAGACAAAACAGCACCUGAGCGAACGCUUUGCCGGAUUAUCAAGGCAAUGUUUCCACGACUUUAACGACAACUUUUUGACGUGCAUCACUCAGAUCAUCAAGUGUAUGGAUGACGACAGUGACAGCUGCGUGAGCAACUGGGUGCUGCGGGAUUACCUCUACGGCUGUGGCUCCAAUGUCGGCGACUUGGUGCCGCAGCAACGGCUGAAUGGCAAUUCGGACGACGAUUUGGUGGAGUUCUGCAAGCGUGAUCAGCGCACAGUCGCCUGUACUGAGCUCCAGAUACCGUACAAUGGGUUCCCGUCAACACUCAGUGCUCGGAUGUGCUUGCCCCGGACUUGUGCCAACAGUUCCGUAGUGGACCUACAUGCUCUGGCCACGUCUACACUCAAGCUGCGGUGUCACGAUCAAAGGAGCUACUCGUCUUACUGCUCAAUUGCCAGUGUGACUUUGAACUGCUCUAACGGUCUUCAAGCUACAGCUCAUCAAGAUGAUGGCGCUUGCAACCAGUGUCCACCACCCGAUGGAGAUCCCAGCCUGACGGAGUGCUGCACAUAUGGCGGCAAGAAGAUUGGAUGCUGCCUGCCAAGAGUACAGACUAUGAUGUCAGAGCAGCUGGAGCCCGUCCAGUCUCCGGUAUGUCGCAAUAGCGUGAUGGCUUCGCUGGCGCCCUGCGUUCCCAUGAUAGCCGACUGCCUCAACAAUCUCGUCGGCACCAAGAGUGAUUAUGUGUGCCCAAGCUACCAUAACUGCAAUGCAAACGAACAGCGCUCUGAACAGUGCCCCACGUACUACGCCGGAUCCAAUCACUCACUGUGGUGCCAGACGUCGUGCGAGUUUCCCGGCGAUCGUGAGCGCUACUGCCAGAUGGAUCGUUUCUGUCUGGAGCAGACGUGCAACACAACCACUGAUCUCGAGCAGCUUGCCUAUUCUGAUGCCAGGAUGAUCUGUGAAUACACUAAACUGACUUACAAGGUGAAGUCAUGUGAUCGAGUGAAAACGACGUGGUACUGUUCGGAUCAAAGUGGUUCGAAGGCAAGAUCUGUCACAGCAGAGUAUACAGAUCCAGUACGGCCCCUGAAUGUCGGACUGGUGGUGGGCCUCACGAUUGGACUGACCGUCCUCUUCCUUGGCGUCGGUGCUGCCAUCCACUACAUCAUCCUUCCAAGGCUGAGGAAGAGAAGUCGGCAUGCCCUCCGCCACGGAAAGGAUAAGCAGACGCUCGUCAACUCGGUAGAUUAUUUCGCCUACACGAAGACGCAAGACGACGAUCUCUAAUCUUGAGAGGUUUGGUAGCUUCCUAUCUGCCCUGGUAGUGCCUCAAAGUAACAUCACAUUUAGUCAAGCAGUUGAAGUAAACAGUCUUCUGUCAGUACUUUUCGACAGCCGCUUGUGUAUUGCAGAAUUGGUAAUAUUAUAUCUACUCAUACAGCUUCUUGAGAAGUUUACAAUUUUUAAUACUAGAAAGCCUCUAUCGAUAGAAAUAUAGUGAGUGCAUUCAUACCAUGGCACCACAGGAAAAAUAUUUACGGAUUUUAGAAAGUGAAAACCAUUUAUAAAGUGUCACUCUUCGUCGUCACAUAAAUGUAUUGCUUGUACUUGACUAUCACACACCACCUAUCGCAUGAGGAAUGAAGCAUUCACUCACGUUACCGUAUGCAGCGCGGGGAGGGUUAAUGUGUCGAGAUCCAUAAAACUUGAUCUGAACUGAGCUAUCAUGGCCAAGACUGCAACCUGGUUGUUGAGAAGCACAUACACAUGAAAGUGCUGAUGAAAAGACCAGAAUGCUCUCGCUUUGUGCAAGACAAGCCCUCAAUGAACCCAUCGUAAGCUACUGCCUCAUUUUAGAAGGCUAGAAGACGUUGCACAGGUUUCCAAAGGCGUACGCCCACAGGUCUAUGUGCUCUAUCAGUGCAACGGUUCUCAGUAAGCAACCAGUCUCACGAGAAGUUCUUUAUGCUGGCUGCAGUCAGUUUUACGAGUGCUCUUGGAUUACCUCGUCUUUGUUUCCACCACCAUAUCUUUCGGUGUCCGAAGACUAGACAUAAGCAGGGUCGUUUCUACACGAUUACUUUCUUGCGUAAAAUGUGUUCUUUCUUUCUGUGUUGUGUUCUAAUCCUUUAUGAUCGCACAUUGAAUUGUAUUUAGUUUGCCCGGAAAAGAGGCUAUAUCAUGGAAA